GUUACGGGGGGGAACUCCUUCCACCUAGCGCAAAGGACUUUUACCGUAACAGGAAACAGGAACUCUUCUGACGUAGCAAGUGGGAAAUUCAAAUUUUUAAAACAUGUUCGAACGAAAGAUGCUUCGGCAGUUUUAAUUUUAUAUGGCAUUGAAAACACAACUAAUCUGUGGUAACUGAGUAAAUUAUCUCCUCGCUUUAAAAGCAUAUACAUUUUAUUGUUUUAUUGUUUUGAACUCGCUCAUAACGGCGUUUUAAAGUGAACCAUCGGAGCACAGCUGGUGUAAGUGUCCUCAGCAUGCCUGUAGAAAGCACUUCAGAACUCCUCAGGCACUAUGAGGUUUAUGAAACCAUCGGCUCAGGCGGGUUUGCCAAAGUCAAACUUGGUAGACACAUACUGACAGGAGAGAAAGUGGCCAUCAAAAUAAUGGAGAAGAAAGACUUAGGGGAUGAUCUCCCCAGAGUUAAGAUAGAGAUCGAGGCCAUGAAGAACCUCAGUCAUCAACACGUGUGUCGUCUCUACCAUGUUAUUGAGACAUCAAGCAAGAUCUACAUGGUGCUUGAGUACUGUCCUGGAGGAGAGCUGUUCGAUUAUAUCAUCGCUAAAGACCGGUUGUCAGAGGAAGAGACCCGGGUGUUUUUCCGUCAGAUCAUCUCAGCGUUGGCUUAUGUUCAUAGCCAAGGCUAUGCCCACAGAGACCUCAAACCGGAAAACCUGUUGAUCGAUGAAGAUCAUAACCUAAAACUCAUUGACUUCGGCCUUUGUGCCAAACCAAAGGGCGGUUUGGGUUUUGAAUUGCUGACCUGUUGUGGCAGUCCAGCAUAUGCAGCUCCAGAGCUCAUUCAAGGCAAGGCUUACAUUGGUUCUGAGGCUGAUGUGUGGAGUAUGGGAGUAUUGCUUUACGCUUUACUGUGUGGUUUUCUUCCGUUUGAUGAUGACAAUUGUAUGGUACUCUACAGAAAAAUCACUAGAGGCAAAUAUAGCAACCCCCACUGGCUUUCACCUGCCAGCAUUCUGCUUCUGAACCAGAUGAUGCAGGUGGACCCAAAGAGGCGUUUGACUGUGAAACAAUUGCUUGAUCACCCUUGGGUCAUGAAGGGAUACAGUACACCAGUGGAGUGGCACAGUAAACAUCCUUUGGGUCAUAUAGAUGAAGACUGUAUCACUGAAAUGGCGGUGUCUUUUAAACAGUCCAGACAAAGGUCAAUCCAACUUGUGUCAGAGUGGAAGUACGAUCAAAUGACCGCCACCUACCUGUUACUGUUGGCUAAGAAGCGUCAAGGCCGCCCCGUGCGUCUGAGAGCUGAACGCCCCAUGAUUGACCCCAUGUACUCUCCAUUACAGAACAUACAACUGAAGAAUAGUCUACGCUUCAGUGAGGAUGAUGAUGGUGUUCACCCAGUGGUGCUUGGCUCUAUGGUCUUCCCCCCUGAUUGCUACGAUGACGAGAAUCCCUGGACCCCUCUCACGCCCAAGAACACACACACCACAAACACUCCACGCAUGGUUAGCCUCCAUGUUCUCUUUAUUUGUCUGCUCUUCCCUCUCGAGGUCAGUGAAUCCAGCUCCAACAGUAAUCUCUCCGUGGCGAAGACCAGACCCACCAGUGAGAUGAACGGCCAGUCACCAUCGCACCUUAAGGUUCAGAGAAGCGUCUCCUCCAGUGACUCCAGAAAAUCCCGACGCCACAGUGAACAAGUUGGUGUGGUCGCUAAUUCUGCGUUGAGUAACUCCAAGAAGACGGUUCCUGUCACAGCUGACGGGGACGUCAAACAGGAAGGGGGGGUCACAGCACGCAAGCCGCCCAAUCACAGCCCUCCCAGUCCACUCCUGGGUAACGCCAACAACCCCAACAAAACAGAAAUACCUGACCGCAAGAGAGGAAACUCCAUCACACCGAAUAAUAACUCUGGAUCGGGGGGCAUGUCGAGGAGAAACACGUACGUGUGCACUGAGAGAAACAACACAGACCGCCUUUCUGUCAUUCCUAAUGGGAAGGAGAACAGUGUGACGUUGUCUCCUGGCUCUCGGGACCCGGGUGCCUCCACGCACAGCAUCAGCACUGCUGCCACACCUGAUAAAACGCGUUUCCCACGAGGCUCGGCGAGCCGCAGCACCUUCCACGGACAGCUGAGAGACCGCCGCACGGCCACCUACAACGGCCCCCCCGCCUCCCCAACGCAGCCCCGCAGCCGCGGUAAUGCCAACAACCUGCUCACCAAGCUGACCUCCAAACUCACGCGCAGAUCUCUGAGAGAUGCGGCGCUCUCCAAUGAGCACAGGGAUCCGUCUGUUUCCUCACUUCCUCUGUCUCUCUCAAGGCUCGACUCGAAACUCCUGCGCUCUCGGGCAGCCAUCUUGGAUCUCGCUUUGAACGAGAGGUUACUGCUCAGACGUCAGCGGCGAGGGAAGCAUACAACGAAUGGCCAUGGCCGAGGGGAGGUGACCUCUCGAUCUGUGAGGUCGAGUGGUCGAAACCGAAAUUCUGGCUCAGGAUUAGAUGACGUGCACCCUCUUAUUGGGAAUUACCGACUUUUAAAAACCAUUGGAAAGGGCAACUUCGCCAAGGUCAAACUGGCUCGCCAUAUCCUGACAGGAAGCGAGGUGGCAAUAAAAAUUAUUGAUAAAACCCAGCUAAAUCCAACAAGCCUUCAAAAGCUACAGGAAAUUCAGUUUGUUCGUGACUUUGGGACGUUGUUUUUGUCUGUGUUGGCUGCCUGUUUGGAGAUUUCACAACAGCCAUGGUGGAAAGAGGAGGAAGAGGAGGAGGAAGAGGAUGUGAGGGGGAAGGACAGAUGGACAUUUGGGUGGGCCGGCAGUGAAGUGACAGACUGGAGGGACCUCAAAAUGCUUUCCAGAGAAGUCACAAUCAUGAAGAAUUUAAACCACCCGAAUAUCGUUUCUUCUGCAGGUGGUCCCAGCAUGCCUGUGAUGCACCCUAAGCGUAGCCCGACCAGUGGCGGAGACCGUGAGCUGCGUGAGAGCCGCAUGCCACCGAGGAAGGCCAGCUGUAGCGUAAUGGGCAGUCGGACCCUACCACCAUCUAGUCCAAUGGUCAGCACCGCCAACAACCCCAAUAAGGCUGAAAUACCUGAUCGACGCAAGGAGAUGACUGCCACCACUAACAAUAUCCCAGGAAGUACUAUGACCCGCAGAAACACGUACGUAUGUACAGAUCGUUCUAGCACUGACCGGCACUCGCUGCUGCAGAACGGCAAAGACAACAGUUCCCUUUCUCACCGCCUCCCUCCCACCUCUCCGUCUACUCUCAGUAUUGUCGGAGCGGGAGCAUCCUCCUCCUCUUCCUCAGGUGAGCGCUGUAGGCUGACACGUGGAUCCACCAUCCGGAGCACCUUCCAUGGAGGUCAGCUCCGUGACCGUGUCCCACCCACCUAUGGACCUCCGCCCACGUCGCCCACCCUCAGCCAUGAUGCAGGAGCCCUGCCUCCGAAUGUCCGCAGCCGGGCCACUUCUAACUUGUUCAGCAAACUCACCUCCAAACUCACACGCAGGGUCACAAAUGAAUCUGAGGGAGUCAGCAGAUCUUCGGUCACAGGUGGCCAUUUAUCUGGGAAUCAGAAAGCGCCCGAGCCCUGGAGCGGGGGAGGGGGGUGGGAUGUAAGGGGUCAUCUCUCCCGUCCCCCCCGGGCCCCUGCAGAAGUGGUACUGGCCUUGCGUGAGGCGGCGAGGGGAUGCGGCUGCCAGGUCCGGCACGCUGGCCCGUUUCUGCUGUGCUGCAGUCAUGGGGCGGCAGGGUCAAAAGUCACUUUCCAAGCUGAGGUGUGCCAACUGAGUGUGGGUCCCGCAGAGGCAAACGGAGUACGCUACACGCGCCUGUGGGGGGCCCCCCUCGCCUUCAGGCACAUCGCAUCGCAGAUCUCUAAAGAGGUGGAGCUCUGAGGGGACGGGGAGGAGACUUGACUCUGAGACGUCCCCCCACUAUAUCCGUCAUUAUAGCGAACUGACGUUGACCCACCCACCUAUGUGUUAUAGACUUAAAACAACCUCCGAUCCCUCCUCCAGGCAACACUCAACACACACCGAAACUAGACACACGUACACAUAAACAAACACAGUCACCUUAAAAGCACGGGACACUCAAGCCUGACAAUAUGGAAAGCUAAAGUACAAAAACAAGCACACCCCUUCCAUGCACAGCAUAAACCUGAGCGCUUCUUAACAUGGAUACACACACACACACACACACACACACUCUGAAAAGCCUCAUUCACCGGAUCUGGAUUGAAUCCAGUUUAGUAUUUUUAUUCUCAUUCUAGUCAUGAAAUUCUUACUUAAAUAAUUGAUGUCAUUCUUUUUUUUAACCACUUUUGUAUGUUUUCAACAAGUCUUGACAUUUUAAACGGGUCAUCAUUUUUAUGUUUUUGUGAUUUAAUGUGUCUUACAUUUCUUAAUACUGAGUCAUUGACAAUGUAGGACUGUAGCUGCCAAUGAACUAUAUGCACAAAUGUGAAGUUGGCAAACUUAUCCUAACUUCAUCAUAGCUCACGGUGCCCAACCAAAUCUACAUCGCUGGCGACCGCAAAUUUGAUCAGGCUGCAGGCCAACCAUCUACACUUUGUUUUUAAGAUUGUCCAAGCAAAAUUUUGUUCCCUAGAAAAAAUGUUUUUCUGAUGUAUAGUGCCAGUUUGCUUACUUCCUACCAGUUUUAAUUUAGAAGAGACAUUUAAUGCCAAAUGACUUUCCCUGACUUUCCCGAACAGGCUCUGUGAUUGAUUGGUUCUAGAUAUUAGUCCUUUAUUUCAACUCCUAUUCGUUGGUCCUUGGCAAAUAGAGUCUCCUCUCCAUUUACCUGGUCAGAAUGGAGCUGAGGUUACAACAAAGGUGAUUUUACAAAGAGAGAUCUAGUGUUCAGUGUUAUUAAAGACACAUUUCGUGCAUUGUAGAUAUCUGGAUUAUUUGGAAAAAAAAGUUAAAAAGAUCUGGAUCAUAUUGGACAUUGUUUAAUUGUCAAACUAAUAGCAAUUUAUGUAUGUAGUGAAAAAAAAAAAGAUUCUCUCUACCUCUAGUAUUAAAAAGCAGAAAAGUAAAAAUCAAAUACAGAAAUGGUGUUGCAUUGCAAAGUAUAUAUAGUCACAUUCAAUAGCAUGUGUAUGUUAUUGUAUGUUUACUUAAAAAUCACCAGAUAUCUAAAAUGCAGGAUGUUAUCAUGCAGGAGUGCAGGAAGUUCAGUGCUCUUACUGCUAGAAUAUAUUUUAGGGGCAAAUGCACCAACAGGGUUUAAAAAAGAUUUUUUUGUUUUUUUAAAUCAGUUGUACUUGCAAUCUUGUGAUAAAAUAGCAUUAUGUAUGACUGUUUCCAUUGCAAAGUCUUAACAAUGCGAUGUAACAUAAAUAGAGAUGCAGUUUAAGAUUGGACCACAGACAUAGAUUCAUGGAAAGGCCAUGUUUUUGCUGUAGCUCAUGACGGUUUUCAGCCAUAUGUGAGUUUGUCUAACAGAUGUGGAAGCAUGUUAUUAUCGACUUAACAGGGAUUUCCUAUGCAGGUUUGACACCUGAAUAAAAGAAAUACGCUGCUUAAGAUUAUUUUUCAUGAUUAGAAAUAGGUUUGUUUGGAGCUUUUCUGUCCUUUUUUUCAAACAAUAUUCUCGGCUUGCUUUUUGACCGAAUCAGUUCUGGUCAUUUGUUGUAUAACAAAUCCUAACUUUGCAAUAGUUGUCAAAUUGGCAAGCUUAAAAUAAACAGCAAUUCACAAGCGAGUGGAUCAAAAUGUAACUGUGAGUGGUGAUAAUUGUGCAAUAGCAAUAGAUGUUACUGUCAGGUUUAGAAGUUGUUUCUAUCUUAAUGUAAAGCCAUGCUUCGGCCCUGUUGGUGCUGCCAGCUUGUAGACAGUGAGAUACUGAGCAGAUACAUGGAUUUGAGUAAUGAGUCUGUUUUUGUUUGUUUUUUUAACUUCCAGUCAGGAAGGUGUAUAGGAAAUUCUUGCUAGUUCAGUUUGAAUAAACAGGUUGGUUUAAUAGGAUUGGUCUGUUAAGUUUUGAUUGGGGAGUCAUUGUGCUAUCAUAUGUGAAAUAUAUAGUAGAUACUAAAGGAUUAUAUUCCACUUUCUCCAUGUUUGUGAUGGCAUCUCCCUUGGUUUUUGAUCGUCUGCGGCAAGUAGGUCAGAUACUUUGAGAUGCUUGAAAGUUUACGUGUGAUGACUGACUCCACAGGAAUCACUGUGGCACGUCACCUUUGACCUUUAGCCACACGGUGAGCCCCCAGACCACAAGUCUGCCAUCUCUUUAUCCAUCCACUUUUUUGUUGUCUCGUUUACUUUAUUCUCUGCCUUUGUGCCACAAAUUCGCAAAGACACCCAGUUUCUCCUCGUCCGAUUGCCGAAUCACUGGAAAUCCUUGUGUCAUUGUUCUGUCUGCUCUGUGACUGGACUCCUCUUGUGGAGACGCUUCCUGUUUCAAACCGAACAGGGUAAGGACUGGACCAGUCUGACCCGGUCUCUGCAUCAGACCGGCUCUAUCUGGUUUGGACUGCUGAGAUCUGUAUCUGUUCGAUGUCCAUUAAGACCUCUGUGCACUCAUCUUGACUUGAAUCAGCUUCAUCCUAUGGCUCUGUGGGUUUGUACCCAUGUUUGGCCACCGGAAGGCGCCAAUGUCUUAAAUGUGAACACUUCAAUUUGUGUAUAUUUGCACAGGUACUUAAUUUAUUUUCUAGAAUAAUUAUCUUGGGAGAAAAAAAAUAAUAAUAAUCAUGGUUUAUAUCAGCCAGACUCUGGCUGUAUAUAAAGAUUAUGAUACUGAUGAUAAUAUUGUGAGUAUAGUAUAUACAGUAUCUUAGAACUCCAGGUUAAAUCAUAGCUAGAGCAGAGACCCUCUGCUAGCUCUCCAGACGUUUCUAUGUGUGCUGAAGUGAAACACUAACCUGCAAUCCUGCAUGAUUCAGAGCAAGGAUGGAAAAAGAUAGAAGACAAAUGUGAAAUUACAGGAUGGGCAAAAGCAAAAGAAUUUGAUGGAGAGAGAGAGUGUGUAUGCGUGUGCAUGUAUGUGUGAAUGUGUGUGUCUGUGUACUGCGCUACUCUGUUGCCCUGCCUCCCUCUCUCUGCUGGUAGGAAAUGUUUGUUUGUGUGAGAGGAUUAGGGCAGACUUUUGCUCUGGCAGCCAUACUUGACCUGGAGUGAAAGUGUGUCGGUAUGAAUGAGUUUUUUUAAUGUCCAAGGCAUUAAAAAACAGAGUAUUAGGGAGAAUUGUGAGUCGGGCGCGUCACAUCUGAAUGGUAAAUCCCUCCAGUUCAGUGUUGUGCUGUCUGUGACGUAAACUGUCUGCUAUGACAUUGGGUUUCUCAUGAUGCAUUUAGCUAAUAUGCAAUAUGACGAGAGAAAAGUCAGGAGGACAAACUAUAUAUAUGAGAGUAAGCGAGAGACAGGGAUUCAAACCUUGAUGCUGUUUGCAGAAAGUCAUUUUUUCCCCAGAGGUGUUUGCACCUCUGGCCAAAUAUUAAAAAUGGAAACAAAAGAUCUUGAGAGAAAUAAACUUCACUGAUGUUGGCA